GCAGUAGGUGAAGGGAGGGCCGCCGCGUAGCAGGGACAGAAGACACAGACAGAGCAGCAGAACCCCAAGUACUGGAAUAGAGCCACGCAACGCGUCAAGAGGGUUUAAACCAAGUUCAGGCUGGACACUACAUGUGCUUUUGACAGCUGCACAAAGAAACAGGGGCUUUAUAUAUCAGGACUGUAUGGCCACAGACAUCGAUAAUACAACUUGAAUUUAUCUUGACUUCUUAGGUCAGGAUUUAAGUUCAAAGAAAUCUCUUCAACAUGGCAGACAAAAUAAAGGAUGCCAAGAUUAUCUUUGUGGUGGGUGGGCCUGGCUCUGGUAAGGGCACCCAGUGCGAGAAGGUGGUGGCAAAGUACGGCUACACCCACCUGUCUUCUGGGGACCUGUUGCGCGCUGAGGUGUCUUCUGGCUCCGAGAGGGGCAUGCAGCUACAGGCAAUUAUGCAGAAAGGAGAGCUUGUACCCCUAGACACAGUCUUAGACAUGAUCAAGGAUGCCAUGAUAGCCAAGGCUGAUGUUUCUAAGGGCUUCCUUAUUGACGGCUAUCCCCGUGAGGUCAAACAGGGAGAAGAGUUUGAGAAAAAGAUCGGCGCUCCCUGUCUGCUGCUGUACAUUGAUGCCAAGGCUGAGACCAUGGUAAAGAGGUUGAUGAAGCGUGGCGAGACCAGCGGCCGUGCUGAUGACAACGAGGAGACCAUCAAGAAACGCCUGGACCUGUACUAUAAAGCCACUGAGCCAGUCAUUGCCUUCUACGAGAGCCGUGGCAUUGUCAGGAAGAUUGAUUCUGAGUUGCCAGUGGAUGAAGUCUUUGGUCAUGUUGCCAAAGCUAUUGAUGCCCUUAAGUAAAAAACAACUAAAAACAA